AUGAAACUGCAACAACCAUUUCUUGUAGCAACGUUGGCAUUGCUCACCUCAUUUUUCCCUGUAAUUUUUGCUGCAAUCAACUCUCCUCCGUCCGAUGUGGAAACUUUAAAGAAAACUUGUGCUGGAAUUGCCACCAAUUUAAUAGCAAACUAUAAGCCCGAUCGCCGAGGUGCUAUUCCUGACAUUGGUUCAGAUGGAAUUGAAAGUAGACAAUGGUGGGAGUCGGGUGUCAUGUGGGGUGCGUUUGGAGAGUACGCUCGAUACACUAAAGACUUGCAGUUUGUUCCUAUCGUCACCAACGCACUGUCCAAUGGUUCCAUUUCAAAUACACAAGUCAACUCGAAAGAAGUUGGUUCGUUUUUGGGUGCUGAUCAACGUCUUGGCGCCACUCUUCUUGGUCGUUGGAAUGAUGAUAUUGCGUGGUAUGGUCUAGCAACACUCACGUUUGCGGAGCUUACUAGCAAAACUGCACUUUUACCCAGAUCAAAAACUAUGAGCUAUUUGCAAGUUGCCAUCAACACUUAUGAUGAAAUUAUGCAACAGCAUGACCCAACCACUUGCGGUGGUGGUAUUUUCUGGUCCCGAGAUCGUACUCGUGCGGACACCAAAGAUUACAAAUCUGUCAUUACAAACGUUCAAAUGAUGGUGCAUUCAGCCAAGUUGGGAAUCAUAACUGGCGACCCUAAAUAUAUGGCCACAGCAGACACACUUUACAAGUGGUUGCAAACAUCUGGUCUGAUUACACCCGAUUUCCAUGUCUUGGAUGGUCUUUCUAUUGCUGGAUGUGUCAAGGAUGCACGUGAAUUUUCAUACAAUGCAGGAUUGUUACUUGGUGGUCUGGCAUACAUGCACAAGGCAUCUGGAAACAUCCAGUACUUGAACGAUGCAGUGAAAUACUUGCCGGCCACAAUAGCGAUAUACUCGAAAGGCAAUAUUCUUCAAGAUCUGUGCGAGGGUGGUACAGGACCGUGCACAGAAGGUACAUCCACGUCGCGUACACCAGCUACCAAUCAAGUUCCAUACAAAACAGCGCUUAUUCGAGGACUCAUGUACGUCUACGUUAUUACGACUGACCAAAAGACAAAAGCAACGAUAAAGACAUUGUUUGAUGCGUCAUGGGAUAGUAUGAUGAAGAAUUGUAAUGCAGCCACUUAUGAUUGCAGUGCAUGGUGGUUGAGUGGUGCACCUGCAGCAGUACCCAAUUUCCAUCACCAGAUUGUUGCUUUAGAAUUAGCAAAUGCAAUGGCGGCUGUAUAUAUCAAUCCUAAUCCAUUUGGCGAUGCUCCCAUUACUAACCCCACAACAGAUGUUCAAAAGGCUAUUCAAAAUUCAGGUGCAUUCUCAGACUCGAUAUAUGCCUAUAGCUUCCUAGGUGUAUCAGUCAUCACUACCAUGGUUGUUAUCUCGCUUUUUUAAUCGAGUCUUGUAACCUUUUGAAAUACUCCAAUUAUGUCUACUGUUUUGAAAAAUUUACAUUCCUGUCAAGGCUUCAAUCCUUGAAUCUGAUUGAAUAAACCUCGUCUUUACACUCCUUGAUUAA